GCUAGUUAGCUUUCUAGCUAAAGGAUACGGAACCCGAAAACCAGGGCGAACAACGCAUUUUCUUUAAUUUGUUAACGUUUACUGAUACAACAAACGCGAUCAAUAAUCAGCGUUUGUUUACGGUUUGUAACGCGCGUGAAAACGUAGCUCUAUAUCGAGGGUAGCGUCGCAUUACCUUGCACCGGUUUUAUGUGAGCACAAAGGCCCACACAGCCCGCUGUUUCCAAGCAUGUAUCCUUGGGGUACUAACUACGGUGGUGGCCAUCAACCACCUUCGCAGCAGAACUUUGGUGCGCCGUCUCCUCAAGGCGAAGGCUUCGGAGGAGGAUUCGGGAGCCGCGGAGCCGCGGAGCCCGCAGCUGCACCCGGUUCGACUUUCAACAGCCUGCGGGAGCAGCAUCUCCAGCAGAUGCAGCAGCUGCAACAGCUCCACCAAAAACAGCUCCAAUCCGUGCUGCACCACGACAGGAACGUAGAUGCAAACCCCUAUGGCGGCGGUGGUACUGCGGCCGAAUCGUGGCAAGGCAGUCCGGGAUAUGGGUAUGGUUCAACGGGGCCCGGUGCCCCUUCCCCUUAUCAAGAUGAGUAUCAGACCAUACAAGCCGGUCCUCCCGGACCACAACAGCAGCUGCCGCCGCCGGUACCACCACAGUCCCCGCAGUCCAAGGAGGCCCAGCCUUCCGCACCAGAUUCGACCCUUCCGGUGCCCACUCAGAAUAAUGGUACUCCAGCGACUAAAGAGGUAAACAAGAAAGAAUCUUUGGCCUCGAAAGACCAGGCACAUUCCUCUGGGUCGGAGGAGGAAAAGCCCGAUUUUACGUCAAUGUCGUUGCAGGAGCAGCAACAGUACUGGUACAAGCAGCAUCUCCAGAAUCUGCAGAGGCUGAAAGCAGAGAAGGCCAAACAGGGUCUGGGUGAUGGCCCAACGCCCCGGCCCCACUCGGCUGCAGCCGCGCCUCCCCCUCCAUCGGAACCCCCUAAGAACGCCCCUCCACCACCCCCACCCAAAGAGGAGCCCCCACCACCACCUCCACCUGAGGACAAAACGCCUGCACCCCCAGCCCAGGACCCAGCAGAGGCGGCCCGGCUGCAGCAGCUCCAGAGUGCAGCGGCCCAGUGGCAGCAGGCCCAGCAGCAGAGAGCGGGCUACCAGUACCAAGCCCUGAUGCGGCACCAUGCUCAGCUACAGGCCAUCCUCAACCAGUACCAGCAGUGUAUCCAACAACCUGCACAUCUAGAGACGAUGGCUAUGGCCAUGCAGCUGAGUCACUAUGAGACGCAGCAGCAGCAGUUUGUACCGGUGUUUGCAGACUGGGGCCGCACCUUCAGCCAGUGGCAAGAACAGUUCCAGUCCUACCCACAUAAAGACCAGCUACAGGACUAUGAGUUACAGUGGAAACAGUGGCAGGAACAGAUGAACUCCACUUCAGCACACCUACAGGAGAGGGUCACCACCCUGCGAGCCAUGCAGCAACAGUACGGAGGCAGCGGUGGCGGUGGACAGUACGGCGCUGAUCAAUACAGUAGUAGUGACCAGUAUCGUAGUGGAGGGUACGGGAACCAAUAUGGUCAGUACCCACACUCUGGACCGGACUCGCAGAUUCAACAAGGUCACAUGGUGAGCCCGUCCAUGCCGUCCCAGCCAGGUAGCCAGCCCUCGUCCACCUCUGGAUCCAUGUUGCAGGGCCCUCGACCAGGGCAGCAAGGCCCCUCAAACGCCCAACGCAUGGGAACCCCCACAGGAGAACCACACCAAGGGCCUCAGGCAGAGCAGUGCAACCUGUCUGGACCUCCAGGGAGAGGCCCAGGAGGGGCGGGCCCAGGAGGGAGAGGCCCAGGAGGGGCAGGCCCAGGAGGGGCGGGCCCAGGAGGGGCGGGCCCAGGAGGGAGAGGGGCGGCCAGACCACCAGUUCCACCACCAGGACAGCCUCCACCCUACCAAAGCCUCAGAGGACCAAGGUUUGAUGGUCCGAGAGGGAACGGCCCGCUGUUUGACCAGCAGCAGCAAUCUGGUCAACAGCAGAGGUUUAAUGCUCCACCAGGCUUCAGGUUCAAUGAGCAGCGCCAGAGGUUCGACCAGCCUGGCCCCAGAGGACCAGGGCCUCGAUUUGGGCAGCAGGGGUCCCGGUUCGACCAGCCCCCGAGACAGAGCCCCCCUGGCCGCUUUGAAAGACCACCUGGUCCCCCAGUUCCCCAUAUAAGCCCACAGCCUAAACCAGACACGGGUAAAGACACACAACCACCACAGGGUAAGACUGAGACGCCAGCGGGCUCCAAGCCUCCUGGUAAUAAACCUACCGGGCCAGCGAAACCAGGAGCAAAACCGGAGGAUAUGUCAGAGGACAUGUUGGACUCACUGGACGGCUUCUUCGUCCAAAAGGACCCCAUCCCUCAGACGAAGGCAGAGGCUGACGCUGCUGCUGCUAGUAAGGGGUCCACCGCCAACAUGGAGAAGGUGAGCCCUACUGGUCCUGCCGGUGCCAAGUCCCAUGUGUCUACCGACGCCUCUGUGUCCCCGAAAACCGCUUCCCCCGCCAAGACCGCUUUCAAACCAGGUGGACCGGAUGGGCCAUUGAAGAAUAAUGUCAAUAACAGGCCUCAGGGUCCACCGGGGCCGAAGCCCCACGGACCGGAGCCUUCGAAGACAGACUCAAUGACCAACCAACCUCCUGGUCCUCCGGGGCCCAUGGGACGUGGUAGAGGGGGACAUGGCCAGCUGCUAGGGUCUGUCAGAGGAAGAGGGGAGGUGGAUUUAGGGAUGAGGGGAGGUAGAGGUCGAGGGGAGGCAGAUGGAGGGAUGAGGGGAGGUAGAGGACGAGGGGAGGCGGAUGGAGGGAUGAGGGCAGGUAGAGGACGAGGGGAGGUGGAUGGAGGGAUGAUGGGAGGUAGAGGACGAGGGGAGGCGGAUGGAGGGAUGAUGGGAGGUAGAGGACGAGGGGAGGUGGAUGGAGGGAUGAGGGGAGGUAGAGGACGAGGGGAGGCGGAUGGAGGGAUGAGGGGAGGUAGAGGACGAGGGGAGGUGGAUGGAGGGAUGCGGGGGCGAGGAGGAAGAGGUGGUCUGAGGGGACGUGGAGGAAAACAGCCCGGUAUCCCAGACUUCAGUCCCAACACUAUCACCCUGGGAGGUGGGAGGACGGAGGACGACAUGGAGGGUGUUCCUUACGACUACAGACCUCCACAUGAAGAGAUGAGAUCACAACAUGGAGGACCAGAGGAGGACUGGCAGCAGGACCCUUCACUGGAGAAACCUGAAGGUCCUCCUCUGCCUGAAGAGGAGAUGUGGGUCCCUGAAGAGCACUACUACCCUCCAGAGGACUACUACGAAGACCCAGGGAGAGGAGGUCCCCCUAUGGGGAGAGGAGAGCCUCUAGACGGGCACCACUGGGAGGAAGCAGACCCCCCACCUCCAGAGUACUGGGGAGAGGAAGGAGAUCCCUACUGGAUGGACCGGAGGCCCCCUCCUCAUGGCAUGAGAGGAGGCCCCCGAGCCCCCUUCCCUCCUGGACGUGGUCGCCCUCCACGCGGCCGACCCGGCUUCAUGCACCAGGGGGGUCCCAGACGCCCCCUUCCUCCUCCUCACGGAGCCAUGGACCCCCAUGACCCUCUAGGAUCCCCCAUGGGGCCUCAUGAUGACAUGGACCCUCUGGGACCCCCACUGCAUCGGGACUACAACCCCCGAGGGCCGACCAUACACCACGAUAUGAUGGAGCGAGACAUGAGGGGGCGGCCUCCUCCGCCUAGAGAGAUGAUGGACAGAGAUAUGAUGGGGCCUGGUGAUCCUCCAUACCACGACAUGGAUAGGGACCUUGGCUGGCCCCCGGGCCCAGGAAGACUCCCCAACCACGGCAGAGGCGGGCCAAGAGGUCCCCCUCCAUCUCCCCUUGAGAUGAUGCUGGAGCGAGGGGGGAUGAGGAGACGUCCGAUGGGCCCUCGGGGAGCCCCGAUGGGCAGGGGCCGGGGCAUGAUGCAGCAACCACCUCACCCACACGAGGAGAUGGAAGGGUACCCCCACGACCGGUACGGGGAGGAGUUUGGUGGUCCUGAUGAUGACGGGUAUGGAAGACCGCUACCACCACGUGACUGGCCAAACCGCCCGCCACAUGAAUACGAGCGUGAGGAGGAGUUUUAUCCCCAUGAGCAGCCUCCUCGUGGUGGGGAAUGGGACAGGGAGAGAGGAGGACCACUACCAGAGAGAGACUACCCUCCCUACCCUCCCCCAGGCCGCUUCAGAGAGGACGAGUGGACUGAUGAAAGGGACCAAGACCGUCCUCCAUACGCCUACGAGGGAGACCGAGAUCGUCCUCCAUACGCCUACGAGGGAGACAGAGACCGUCCUCCAUACUCCUACGAGGGAGACAGAGACCGUCCUCCAUAUGCCUACGAGGGAGAAGAGCACGGAAGAGGAGGCAAGCUACCAAGUCGCGACUACCCGGACGACCCUCCUUACCGGCACGAUGAAACCCCCUACUUGCCCCCUUCAGAGUGGGAGAGAUCAAGACCACCCCUUCCGGAGAGAAACUACCCCCCAGACUUUGAGGAGCAUAGGCUCCAUUACGACGGGCGAGCCGAGCCACCUAGAUCAGAUCUAGGUAUCCCUCCACCCACAACUUCCCAGGCCCUUGCUCCUCCCAGUACUGGACCAGACAGUUCCUCAGAACCAGCCUCACAGGGAACUGGACCGGGCAUACUGGCUCUGUCACAACGACAACAUGAGAUCAUCCUGAAAGCUGCCCAUGAGCUGAAGCUUAUCAGGUCUGUUUCUCUGGUACUGAACAGAGAAAUGCAGGAGAAUUUGACCGAGGGAGAGGCCCUAUCCAUCAUGUCUGACCCCAAGACGGAGCUCCCUGCUGGGCUACUGGGGCUGGAGAUACCCCCUGAGGUCCGGUGUGCGCUGCAGGCGACCAAUCUCAUUUCUAGCUCAACUGCUGCAAAAACAGUGAUGUGGGGAGACACCAAACCUCAAGAUACUGGGUACCUGUCCUCCGUUCCUCCAGUGCCCAACGCACCAGUCAUCCCGAAGACCGUCGACUAUGGACAUGGACAUGACCUGGGUGCUGCCACGGUGGAGCGAAUCUCUUACGGUGAGAGGAUUGUGUUGAGGCCUGAUCCCUUACCUGACAGAGAGAGGAGCUAUGAAAAAGAACUGCUGGGCCCCCUGAGAGAGAGGGACCCCUACCACAGAGACAUGUACUACGACAGACGACCUGUAGAUCCCUACAUGGAGCGCAGGGAGUACAGCAGAGAGAGGGAGAUGUACAGAGACAAAGCUCCCAUGGACUUUGAAAGAGAACGAUACGAGAGGGAGCGCUAUCCGCCUCGAGAUGACAGCAAAAACUUCAUGGAUAUUGAUGAAAGACAACCCCCAGGCCAUCCUCGCCCCGGCCCCCCACCUCCUCGCCCGGGCUACAGGGACAGAGACAUGAGGGAGAGGGAGGGCAACCGGACCAGUAGAGACAGAGAGGAUCCUUAUGGAAGGCCUGGGGGUUAUGACAGACCUCCGUUCGAGCGCGGGCCUGAACGUGGGCCUGAGCGCUACAACCAUGGUGACGAACGUGGGCCUGAACGCUACAACCACGGUGCCUCAACAUAUGGUGAACGGAGGAGUUACCCAGAGGAGAGAGGAGGAGGAGGCCCCACGUCGUCCCACCCUCCUCCCCCACCGACUGCUCCUCCUUCCAGAAUGGAGAAGAAACCGGAGACCAAGAACGUGGAGGAUCUUCUCAAACUGCCAGGCCGAGACACUCGUCCAGAAAGGAUCGUCAUCAUAAUGAGAGGCCUACCAGGAAGUGGAAAAAGCCAUGUGGCCAAGCUGAUACGGGACAAGGAGGUGGAGUGUGGAGGGGCUCCACCCAGAGUGCUGGGCUUAGACGACUACUUCAUGACGGAGGUGGAGAAGGUGGAGAAGGACCCAGAAACAGGGAAACGGGUCAAACUCAAGUGUCUGGAAUACGAGUAUGAAGCCGAGAUGGAAGACACGUACAGGAACAGUAUGCUAAAAACAUUCCGGAAGACCCUCGACGACGGCUUCUUCCCCUUCCUCAUCAUCGACGCUAUUAAUGACAGGGUUAAAUACUUUGAUCAGUUCUGGAGUGCUGCCAAGACUAAAGGCUUCGAGGUGUACUUGGCUGAGAUCACUGCAGACAAUCAGACUUGUGCUAAAAGAAAUGCCCACGGACGGAAGAUUAAGGACAUUCAAAAGAUGUCCAGUAACUGGGAGUCGUCUCCACGUCACAUGGUGCGUCUGGAUGUCCGUUCCCUGCUUCAGGACGCUGAUAUUGAGGAGGUUGAGAUGGAAGACUUAAAUCCUGAUGACGAGCCGCUGAUGGAGCCCAAGAAGGAGGAGGAGGAGGAAGAUAUUAAGGGUUACAUUCCACAAAGCAAAUGGGAGAUGGACACUUCUGAUGCCAAACUCGACAAGCUGGACGGCUUGGUGAUGGGGGGGAAGAGGAAGAGGGAGGGAGACGAUGUGGCAGGCAUGGAUGACUUUCUUCAGCUGCCGGACGACUACGCCACACGCCACUCUGAACCCGGCAAGAAGAGGGUUCGCUGGGCUGACCUGGAAGAGCAGAAGGAUGCAGAGCGCAAGCGUGAUAUCGGCUUUGUGGUGGGUCAAACGGACUGGGAGAAAAUCACAGACCAGAGCGGACAGAUAGCUCAGAGAGCUCUCAACCGCACGAAGUAUUUCUAAAAACACAAGAUCGUUGCCCUCACCCCGUGCUUCUUGAUUUAUAGGUCUGCAGACUGUGAAUAUGCUUAACCCGUUUCUCGAAAAACAAAGUCACGAAGACUACUCAUUCUACCUGUUGACUUUUAGGAGAUCCAUAGUUGUUUAUUCCAUUAUUAGAAUACAGGAUAGCUUUAUCUUGCGUUUAUAAAAAAAUAUAUAUAAUAAUAAUUCUUGAUCUUCAAUUUGAGUAUUUUUUGUUGUUUUUUCUUCAUCCUUUCAAUGGUAGAAUUCAUGCACCAGUUGAGCUUUGCUUCUCAUUUUAUACUGUAAUGUCUUCCUGUAUGUUAGCACUGUUGCUUAUUUUAUUAAAUAAACUGAAGAAACAAUAAAAGUUUCACACACACAAAACAA